AAGUCAAGUAGUUUUGACAUUAAUCACGACAUUAACAAAAUUAAUUUUUUAAAUAUGGAGUAUUACCUGUUUAUAAACGUCAGACUAAGAUAAGAUGCAAAAUUAUUUGUAAAGUUUACAAUUUGUUAAUUUAAGUGUUGUAUUAUUUAUUUGUAUACUAUGUUUACUAAUUAGACGAAGAAAAAGAAACAUGACAGUGAUCAAGGAAAAAAAGAACUACAAAUAUCCUACUCCUAACUCUGCUGCAGGUUCAGAUACAGAAUCUCUACAUUUGGGAAGUGUAUCAGUCAGUGAUGCAGAAUCUGUUAAUGAGGAGCCACUGCAAAACAGGAUCAGAAUAGUGAAGCCUAAAGUAAUUAAACCAUCUCAGGUUGAAGAAUUGGCUAAUUUGAAAAAGAACUCUGGAAGAAAGAAGUUAAGAAGAUACCAGAAUAGAUGUAUCUUGCAAACAUUAAGCGAGGAAGAUGAAGAAAAUGAAAAUAUGGUUGUGAUUAUGGAGAAAUACAAAGGUCCUUUUGCACGUCUUUUAGAUGAUAAAGAGGCUUUUGAAUAUUGGCAGCAAUUUAUUGAGAAAUCUGAAAGUGAACAAUUUGAAAUCCUUCAAGCUUUAACUGAAAAAUAUCCCAAUGAGACAGUUGUAGAGAAUUUUAAAACGGACAGUCCUGGUAAAAUUUCGUCCAGAAUUAGGCGUACCUUUAAAAUAAGAAAAAACUUGUCCUUGGAAAUCGUCCAACUCUGCGAAGAAGAUCUGAUACAAUUUUUUAAAACAAGACCUGAUGAUAGAUACGUGAAAGUUCCUCCUACGAGUUUUGAAAGACUUUUAAUACAUGCAAUUGCUCAAUACCACAGACUUAAAUCAAUAAGUGUUAUCGUUGAUGAUGGUACCCGAAAAUCAGUUGAGGUGUACAAUGUUCAUAAAAACUGGUCACCAGCAAAUUGCAAUCUGACAGAUUUUAUCAAGCAAUUAAGAAAAUCACAUGAUCCCGUAGUACCAACAUAAAUGACCCAUAAAGUGUCUUGCGUAUUAGCUUAUACGAUUUUUAUUAGUAGUGUAACAAAAACAGACCAACUUUAUUGAUCCGUUAUUUCGUGUCACUGUUAACAUUAAUUUACAACUAUGACAAUGAUAAAAACAAAAUGUAGGAACAAUGAUUGAUGAAUAUUAUUCCUUAGUGUAAAUCUUGUAUCUAGAGAUGGACUGUUUUUGUACAAAAUCGCAAUUAUUUGUACCUGGUUUAGUGUUACCAAUACGUUUGGCAUUGUUUAAGUGGUACUGGAAAACAAAAUAAAACAAGUCUAAGUUCAAUGAAAAAAAGUUAAUUGUAAAAGUUGUAGGUAUUAAAAAUAUCUAGGUAUAAUGUUUGUAUUUACCCUAAUUUUCAAUCGUAAAUUCUUACUUUAGUAAAUCCGCUUUUUCCAAAAAGUCUGUGCGCUUUUUUUUUUCUUUAAAAAAUCUACAUACUUUCUGAUGGUGCACAAAAAAAUAUACAUCACUAUGGCUAAAUUUUUAAGAAAAUGCAAAAAAAAAAAACGGAAAAACUCGAAUUUACAUUUAAUUUCCAAUCUCAUUGCUUUUUCUGCAUUGGGUUUUUCAGUAAUCGUUUCAAACGAGUCGUUUCGUUUCAAAAGAAAAAAUCGAUAUGUUCAAAAUAGGGAUACAAAAAAUAAUAUAAUAUAUUCAAAAACAAAAUAUUAAAUGAUUUCGAUAAAAACAUUUCAGCUCGUUUGAGAAAUAUGCCUGAUUUUUUACUAAAAAAUUGCAGCAGUCACAUUUUUUAGAUAAAAUCCUAUUUUUAAUAAACUUACGUGCAUAGAAAUCGGCCCACUUAAAAAUUUUGUCAUUUUUGAUGUCUCAUAUUUCCUAAACAUGGCCGAUUUAAGUGAUUUUUUGAACAUGUUAUAGCCUGAUUCUUUAACAAUGCCCCUGUAAUGAUAUUGUUGCUAAACAGGUAAAUUUUCAUUGUAUACCGGGUGUACCAAUCAAACUGUGUUUUCUUCUCAAAGUUCGCAUCACCCUGUGGAAUAUUCUAGCAUUUGUAAAAUACUAAAAUUAAAAACCAACUAUAGCCUCAUAGGUUUUCUUAAGAUUCUGUUUUUUGAUUCAGUUUAUGUUGGAUAAUAAAAAAGUUAGGUACUUUAACAACUAGACAUGUUCUUCAUCAAUACACGGUGUUUCUAAAUAAGUGCGACAAAUUUUAAGAAAUUUUCACUCCAUGAAAAAAUAAUUACAGUUGGCUUUAUAAACGUAUGUCCGCAAAUGUUUCGUUUAAGAGAUACGGGAUGUUGAAUUUUUUCUUACAAACUGACGAUUUAUUUUAUUGAUUUAAAACUGAUUGAGAUAUGCCAAUGAAAUUUGGUGGGUUUUAAGACGUAGUUAUUGCACAUUUUUUGACAUACAAUUAAAAAUUUAAUAUUCACCAUUAGCGCGCAUAUGUGUAAUAUGACCGAUCAUAUUACCCGUAUGCACGCUAAUAGUGAAUAUAAAAUUCUUAAUUUUAUGUCAAAAAAUCCGCAAUAACUAUUAUAAUCGGUUUUAAAGCAAUAAAAUAAAUCGUCAGUUUGUAAGAAAAAAGUAAACAUCCCGUAUCUCGGAAACGAAAUAUUUGCGGACAUACGUUUAUAAAGCCAACUGUCAUUAUUUUUUCAUGCAGAAUUAUCCCUUAAAGUUUGUCGCACUUAUUUAGAAACACCGUGUAUUGAUGAAGAACAUGUCUAGUUGUUAAAGUACCUAACUUUUUUAUUGAAGUUAUACUUCUUUACCGGCGAUAGAGGGUGAAUUUUUAUAUGUUAAAACCUAUCAGCCCGGCGCAUGCGUAUUAUAACUUUGUUCUGAUUGGAUGUUCAAAUGACAUGUCAAAAAUUAUCCGAUAUGGCAGCUGUAGAACAGCUGUGGUUUGGAGGUAAAGGUAAACAAAUGUAUAAUAUAUUAGUUUUAUUGUUGUGAGGACAGAAACAAAAAAGUUUAUAAUAUUGUAGUGACUUUUAAAUAGUUUUUAAAAGCAACAGGUACGUAAUAAUUGUUAAUGUAUCAUGGGUAUAAACCUACCUAUUUGAUCUGCCAAAAUACAUAGUAUGUAACACUUUUAUUUAUAUAAUUUGAUUACCAUCAAAAUUUCUAUCAAUAUUCACCUAAUAUAUUGUUUUCUUACUCUAUGUUUUGUUGUAUUUUUUCAAUUCUAAAUCAUUUCAAUUCAAAAUUAAAAUAAUUUGAUCAAUUUUCAAAAUAUCAAAAUAUCACAAGUUUAAUCCGUUUAGUUAGUCGAUCUUCGUAAAUAAUGACACAUAGUGUCCGUGGCUAAGCGUUGAAGGCGAAUGAAUUCCAAUACCAACCGCACUUAUCAGCGCUGGUUCGAGUCCCAAUAGAAACUUUCUUUUUUGUUUUUUUUUAAUACAUUUUAUGAUUGUAAGUAUAUUUAUUAUAUAAUUGUAUUUUCAGAAAAUACGUAUUUAGUUAAAAAAAAUUUCGACAAUUAAUGUUCAGACAUCAUUUGUGGCUUGUUUAAUGUGUUUGUGUGUGUUUUAUUCUUUUAUUAUUUUAAUUUUUGGCACUGUUCUAAUAAAAAUGUUUGAGGAGUAGUAAGUAUAAAUUAGUUUAAUAUUUAAACAAAAUAUAAAUAAAAAGUAUAUUAAUUUCGUUUAAAUCAUAUAAUAGAAGUAUAACUUCUUACGUGCGUACAAAGUACACACACAUUCUUUUUUAUCCAACAUAAACUGAAUCAAAAAACAGAAUCUUAAGAAAACCUAUGAGGCUAUAGUUGGUUUUUAAUUUUAGUAUUUUACAAAUGCUAGAAUAUUCCACAGGGUGAUUGAUUUGAGAAAAAAGCACAGUUUGAUUGGUACACCCGGUAUAAAAUGAAAAUUUGCCUGUUUAGCAACAGUAUUAUUACAGUGGUAUUGUUAAAGAAUCAGGCUAUGAUAUGUUGAAAAAAUCACUUAAAUCGGCGCCAACAGGUUUAGGAAAUAUGAGACAUCAAAAAUGACCAGAUUUUUAAGUGGGCUAAUUUCUAUGCACUUAAGUUUAUUUAGAAAAUCAACUAUUUUCGCAUGUUUUACAAUAUUUGUAAUUUUUUCGUUUAUCAAUGUAACAUUAAAUAUUUCAAGUAAUUAAACUAUACAUUUUAAGAAACAGCUAAAAAUUUUACAUACAAAUUUUAAAAAAUUCGAAUUUGAGUUUUUUUGCAAUUUUAGAGAAAGUUCGCAAUAGUAAUCUAUAUUUUUUUUGUACACCAUUGGAAAGCAGAGAUUUUAACGAACAAAUAUCGCAUUAUCUUUUUGAAAAAAGCAGAUGUUUUAACGUGAAAGUUUUCGAUUGAACAUUAGGGUUCUUUUCGAUAUUAAAUCAAAAUGAGGGAAAAAAAUAAAUAUUUUUCCGUCAA